CUUUCUCUCUUGUCACUUGCUUUUGCUCUGCAAAAACUCAGUCAAUCUCUUUGAUUGCUCAUUCAAAAAACAAAAAGGAAUUGAGAGAAAUGGGAAUAAAAGGAAUAGCAAAGAAAGUAGUGGGAGUGGGAGAGAUGGGAUUCAACAAAGAAGGUGGAGUCAUUAACUGGUUUCCGGGCCACAUGGCCGCCGCCACCCGCGCCAUCCGUAACCGCCUUAAGCUCUCCGACCUCGCCAUCGAAGUCCGCGACGCCCGUAUUCCAUUUUCGUCCGCUCAUCAAGACUUGCAGCCCCAUCUCUCUGCUAAAAGACGCAUCAUUGCUCUUAACAAGAAAGAUUUAGCCAACUCCAAUGUCCUAAAUAAAUGGGUUCGAUAUUUUGAUUCGUGUAAGCAAGAUUGUCUUCCUAUAAAUGCACACAGCAGAAGUUCUGUUAGAAAGCUUCUUGAGCUUGUGGAGUUCAAACUGAAGGAAGUGAUUUCGAGAGAACCUACCCUUCUUGUUAUGGUGGUUGGUGUUCCUAAUGUGGGGAAAUCAGCUUUAAUUAAUUCAAUCCAUCAAAUUGCAUCAACUCGCUUUCCAGUGCAGGAAAAGAUGAAACGAGCCACUGUGGGCCCAUUGCCAGGUGUUACCCAAGAUAUUGCUGGGUACAAGAUUGCUCAUCAACCUAGUAUAUAUGUGCUUGAUACACCAGGAGUGCUAGUUCCAAGCAUCCCAAACAUAGAGACAGGGUUAAAGCUAGCUUUGGCUGGUAAUUCUUUUCAACUCUGGUCUCUGUACUCUCCUUAAUGGCACUAUAUGUCUUACAUGAGCAUAUGCUCAUUUUCUAAUGUUCUUUGCUCAAAUGGGGAUUCAAAUAUGUGGAUUGUGAACAUGCAUAGUGUGUUCCUGCAGUUUCUUGAAAUGUUUAUGUUGUUUUAUGGUUCAUGUGGUGAGAGGGACAAAAAAUCUGAGAAGUGUUUUCAGGACAGUUGCUGCAUUUACGCAAGUUGGAAGUCGUUAUCAGAAAUUGUUUUCUGCAACAUUCCUUUUCUGUACAUUGUUGAUUUAAAAAUUUCAUAAGAGGGAGCAUCCUGAAUAAUACUGAUGUGCUAAUAAUAUAACUCAAUUCUAUCAAAAUCAUUGUUUUUGUAAAGGGUUCUUGAAUAUAAAAUAAAUUUGGUAAAUACUAGAUAUAUAAAAAGGUCAAUUCUUUUUUUUUUUUGGAAGAAAAGCGAAUUCUUUAAUACCAAACAAAUAAAGGUUAUGGGAAAAAUGCUGGUUUUGGAUUCUCUGCAUCACUUGGUGUUUGGGACGAUUUAAGUCAACUUUACUUGUGAUGCUCUUGUUACAAUGCCAUUUAGAUAUACAAAAUUUUCUGUUUUGUGGAUCGUCAUGUUUUGAUAAAUCCAUUAUCAUCAUCGGGGAUAGAUCCAAGAUUUAUGUUUACCGAAGGCAGACUUACUAAAAAGUACUCAUUUCUUCCUUAGAAAAUAGUAGAGAUAAAUUUUUACAAAAAAGGAAGACACAUAUAAUAUGAAAUAUUUCUUGUAGCAUAACUGGCAAAUGAUGCUUAUAUUGAGAAUAAUAUAAAUAAACAAAAGUUAUUGUUCUAUAUAAACUAAAACUUUUUACAACUAUUUCUUACAGAUUUUUGUAGUUAAAGGCAUUGUCAAAAAAUUUUCAUUAUCAAUCUCAUAUACAUCGAUCGUUGUAGCAAUAAAUGC